AUACCAGAUGUUUAUACCAUUGUCUUCCAGUUUGUUGAUAGAGUUGAGCAAGGGAUGGACUGUUAUCUUGUUAGAUACCUCGUCUUCCAACUCAAUUGUACUUUUCUGGUGGACAAGACAUGGAUACAGAAAAUUGGGAGAUAGAUAAGGGAUCAUAUGGCGAAAAGAUUGUGGCAUGUUUGUUACCAUCUCCGAAAGACAUGUCAACGGCUGCUACUCCAAUAUGCUGCACGAAAGCUGCAUAAUCAGAUCCUCCACCUCCUAACCUUCCAAUCUGCAACAUCUCAAACCACAG